AUGUCCACAUGGCCGUGUCCCCCUUCAACCCAACAGAUCGUCCCAUUUGUGGAGUCAGAUGCCGUGGCAUUGUUCAAGGACCCCCACUUGGACGCACCAGAUGACUUGGUGCUGCGCUGGGCUCGUCUGGCCCUCUCCUGCACUGCCAUACCUGCAGCCUCCCGCCCCUCCAUGAAUCAAGUGCUGGGAGAGCUGGUGAAGUUGAAGCAGGAGGCGUUUGGAGCACGCGAGAGCCAUGUGGGUGAGGCCAAAUCUCACACCGACAUGGAGCUUGGGAGUUCCAUUGGCUCCUCCAGCUUCACUGCUGAAAUGGCCCGUGCGGACACGUCAUCAGCCCCCUCCUCCUCCUUCCCGCUCUUUCCUAUGCCUGCCUCCAUUGUUGUCUUUGAUGUCUUUCCUGUUCCCCUCCCCCCUCAUCCCUCCCGUGACCCCCCUGCUUUCAUAUCCUCUCCUCCCCCUUCCCUCCUUCCCCCUCUUUCCCCCAAUCCGCAACCUUCCUUCCCACCCUCUCCCCUUUUAAAACAGCUCAUGUGCAUUGGCCCUGAUAGUGUUUUCGAGGGCAUGUGGCACAGCCUUAUGGAGACGCCGAGGCAGGAAGAGCAGGCCACGGUCACUCGCUACGUUUCUGCAGCAGAGAGGGCCUUCAGCGUUGGCCUUCCCUACCAGCUGUCUUCACUCCCCUCUUCUCACCCGUACUUUUCAUGUCUCAACUCCCCUUCUCCCCUUCCCCUCCCUCUUCCCCCCUCCCACCAGCCGGACAGCCGCAUCGACUCGGACAUGCCACACUUCUUCCGACCUUCUCUCCACUCCCCAUUCCUCACCCUUUGUAUCCUCUCUCUUCACCCCCCUCUCUUCCACCUUUCCCCUCUUCCCUCCCUCUCCCUCUCCUCCUCCCUUCUCAUAACGGUUCAACAACUGCAUCGACUCACACGUGCCUCACAUCAUUGGGGGCAGUGCAAGGAGUUUUUCGCUCUUAUUACAAGGCCAACUGGACCCUCUUCUUACCAACUGGACCAAUGCAGCGUGCAUCGACUCGCACGUGCCUUGUCUGCAGGGAGAGUGCUGCAGGUGGGUGUGCAUCUCAAACCCGAGUGGAGCUCUUAG